AUGCGAACCUCAACCUACUGGCUCACUCGCAUCCAGUCUUUUCUCUACUGCAACGAGAACGGCCUCCUGGGCAGCUUCUCCGAAGAGACGCACUCCUGCACGUGUCCGAACGACCAGGUGGUCUGCACCGCCUUCCUGCCCUGCACCGUAGGCGACGCCUCCGCCUGCCUGACCUGCGCGCCCGACAAUCGCACUCGCUGCGGCGCCUGCAACACCGGCUACAUGCUGAGCCAGGGCCUCUGCAAGCCCGAGGUCGCCGAGUCCACCGACCACUACAUCGGCUUUGAGACUGACCUGCAGGACUUGGAGAUGAAAUACCUGCUGCAGAAAACGGACAGGCGAAUAGAAGUCCAUGCCAUCUUCAUCAGCAAUGACAUGCGACUCAACAGCUGGUUCGACCCCUCCUGGCGGAAGCGGAUGCUCCUCACCUUGAAGAGCAACAAGUACAAGUCCAGUCUGGUCCACAUGAUCUUGGGGCUCUCUUUACAGAUUUGCUUAACUAAAAACAGCACUCUGGAGCCGGUGCUGGCGGUGUACGUCAAUCCCUUCGGAGGCAGCCACUCUGAGAGCUGGUUUAUGCCGGUGAGUGAGAACAGCUUUCCAGACUGGGAGCGGACUAAGCUGGACCUCCCGCUGCAGUGUUAUAACUGGACACUCACUCUGGGGAACAAAUGGAAGACGUUUUUUGAGACGGUGCACAUCUACCUGCGGAGUCGCAUCAAGUCCAACGGCCCCAACGGCAAUGAGAGCAUUUACUACGAACCUCUAGAGUUUAUUGACCCUUCGCGUAACCUGGGCUAUAUGAAAAUCAAUAACAUUCAAGUGUUUGGCUACAGCAUGCACUUUGACCCUGAGGCAAUCCGGGACCUGAUUUUGCAGCUGGACUACCCCUAUACUCAGGGAUCCCAAGACUCGGCACUUUUGCAGCUCCUGGAGAUAAGAGACCGUGUAAAUAAACUCUCCCCACCUGGCCAGCGUCGUCUAGAUCUGUUCUCUUGCUUGCUUCGUCAUAGACUCAAGCUGUCUACUAGUGAAGUGGUGAGAAUCCAAUCCGCUCUGCAGGCGUUCAACGCCAAAUUGCCAAACACAAUGGAUUAUGACACGACCAAAUUAUGUAGUUAACCGUUAAUGUCAAGCACAACCCAAAACCUUGAAGGAGUUUUUACAGUGCUUUUGUGGAACAGUUUAUGUUUGGAAGAGUACAUUUAAAUUGUCUUUUCAAUAUCUGUCUUACACCAGUCAAUAACAUUGGAUGGCAAUUGACUCCCUUGAACUUGCUGACAAUGAAUAUAUUAUACUGCAGUUUUGGUUUAUGAAUGAAAUAAAUACUGACACCAGUCUAGAAGACAUUCUACUUUUUACAAUAAAUUUCAUUUGUAAUUUUAUAUGUUCCGUGGCAAUGCUUUUGUGCAUUACAUCCUCUAGAGGGAACAUAAAAAGAUACCAAUAAAAUU